AUGUCAAAUCCUGCUUUACAAGUUUAUGGUGGUGAUGAAAUAAACGCUAUAAUAAUUGAUCCAGGUUCUUAUGUGACAAACAUUGGGUAUUCUGGAACAGACUGCCCGCAAACAAUACUUCCUUCCAAGUAUGGUACCUACGAGAUUGAUCCGGAAUCAGAUGAAUCUACUACAAAGACGAUAUUCAACGAGCAACCUCUUUUAUUCCCACGUUCGGGCUUAGAAAUUAAACCUAUUGUAGAGAACAGCGUUAUUGUAGAUUGGGAUCGUGCGCAAGAACAAUGGGAAUACGCUCUAAAAUCGGAAUUGAAGUUUGAUACUAAUAAAGGUACACCAGCAUUGCUUACUGAACCAAUUUGGAACCCUGAGUCCAACAGGAAAAAGUCUUUGGAAGUUUUAUUGGAAGCUAUGGAAUUUGAAGCAUGCUACUUAACAGCAGCUCCAUCUGCAGUCUCGUUUGCUAUGGGAAGGCCUACAUGUUUGGUUGUUGAUAUUGGGCAUGAUGUGACUUCUGUAUCUCCGGUGAUUGAUGGUAUGACCCUCUCCAAACCUUCCACAAGGAAUUUUGUAGCGGGAAAGUACCUCAAUCAUUUAAUAAAAGAGAACUUGAAACCUAGGGAAAUUGUCCCUAUUUUCCAAGUAUUGAAGAAGAAGCCUACUUUUGUGAAAAGAUCCUUGUCUUUUGAUGUCAACGAAUCGAUCAUUGAUUUUGCUAAUGAAAGACAAUUCUUCCAGGAAUUUAAGGAAACUCUAUUACACAUAGCUCCAAAAUCUCUAAAAUCAUUUGCUGAUGAGCUACAAUCACAAUCUAAAAGAUCAUUGGAGGCUCCUUGGGGAGAAGAACUUAUUUAUGAUGCAGAACAAAGAUACUCUUUUGCUGAACAGCUCUUCCAUCCUUUAAAAGAAAGUUUCCCAGAGGGAUGGCCAGUAUCUAAGGAUGGUGUCGUAGAGACAUGGCACAAUGAUUACGUUCCUUUGAAGAGAACGAAACCAGGGACCAGCACAAACACUAAAGAUAAGGAAGGUACAGCAGAGUCAACGCCAGUUCCUGUAGCAACAGAACAAGAAGCAGUGGGCUCUCCUUCCCAAGAACCAAAUGAAAAUGGUAAGCGUCCAAUAGAUCCUAAAGAUGAGAAGGGCGAAAAAGAAAAUCAUAAUGAGUCUAAUAAUGACCAAGAAAAUGGAAAUGAAACUUCUUCAACUCCAGCACCUUCGUCUGAUGGUGUUAAUGGUAAGGAUAAUGACCAUGUUGCAGGUAUUGUUGAUCUAAUUAAUAAGACAAUGAUGGAGGCUGAUGUUGACUUGAGAGCGACAUUGGCGCACAAUGUUGUUCUUACUGGUGGUACUUCUAAGAUUCCAGGUUUAUCAGACAGAAUAAUGUAUGAAUUAAACAAGUCACUUCCGGCAUUAAAGUUUAGGAUGCUUUCUUCAGGCCAUCUAAGAGAGAGACAGUAUCAAGCUUGGUUAGGUGGGAGUAUUUUAGCUAGUCUAGGAACUUUUCAUCAGUUAUGGGUAGGUAAGCAAGAAUAUGAAGAGGUGGGCGCGGAUAGGUUACUCAAGGAUAGAUUUAGGUAG